AUGAUAUACUCCCUCGGCGUCCUUGCUCUCUUCCACAAGCCGUAUAUUUCUGCUGGGCAUCCGGGUCUUGUCGCGUUCGUCGUCGCCAUCACCGCCCCAGCUGUCACCGCCCACACGCCGUCGUCGGGCACUGUGUGGUUCAGGAAGAAGGCGCUCCUCAUCGGCAUCAACUACAGCAUGGAGGAGUCGUCGCUGAACACCGAGUGCAUGGAGCUGGAGGGCCCGCACCGGGAUGCGCUCGGCAUGAAGGCGCUCCUCAUCGAGAAUUACGGGUACAGGGAGGAGGACAUCGUACUCAUGGUGGAUCUGGAAGGUGUGGACCGGAUGAGGAGGCCUACGCAGAAAAACAUGAUGCGGGAGAUCCGUGCUCUUGUGAGGGGCGCCCAGCCAGGGGAUCGCUUCGUGUUCCUAUUUUCGGGGCACUCGGACCAGAUCCCGUGUCGAGAUCACACCGAGGACGAUGGCUUCGACGAAGUCCUGCUCCCUAUGGACUUCGACGGCAAGAGCAAGCACAAGCUUAUCGUCGACAACGCGAUCCUCGAUGCAUGUCAUUCCGGCACCUUGCUUGAUCUGGACCACUACGACUGCAACAAGGUGUACUUCCCGUGGGUCUCGCUGGGUAGCCGGGACGCGAAGACGCGGCAUGUAGACGUCGUGCGCAGAAACGAUACCUUUGCCCCCGUCCUCCAACAGAAGACUAUCCCUGCAGCGCCUCUCGACACCCUCUCCCCACUCCCCCGCUCCCCGCUCUCCCACUCCCCGCUCCCCGCUCUCCCCACUCCCCGCUCCCCGCUCUCCCCGCUCUCCCCCUCCAAGACCAUCCGGCACUCGCGUUCGCUACACCACAAGGCGCUGAAGCGGGCCGAGCAGGACCCAAGCGCGGAGCAGCGCGCGCUGCGGCGGCGGCGGACGACUGUGUCCGUCGCAGCGUGGGCGGCGGUCAAGCCCGCGGCAGAGGUGUUCAGGCAGAUCAUACCCGCGGCGCUGUGCAUGUCGCCGGUGUCGUAUAGGAAGUGCGAUGGGGAGUGCCCGGUGGGGGCGGCCGCGGGGGUGCCGCGCGUGAUUUCGUUGGCGGCGUGUGGGGACUCACAGUACACGUGGGAGUACAAGCGGGGGCAGUCGAUGACCCAGGAUUUGAUCCAGGAGCUCAAGGAGAACCCGCAACCGAAGCUCCACGAUCUCGUCACCAAGCUGGGAUACUCGCGGUACGACGUGUCUCGGUUGCUGCACGGCGCAGCGAAGAGGCAGCGGGAGGCGAUCAAGAAGGGCGCGCAGCUGCCCUAUCUGCUCGAGGGUGUCAACUUCCAGGACAUCCAGCUUGGUAGCCAAGAAAGACUGGAUAUGGAGAUGCCCUUCGAGUUUUGAUUUAUAUAUCUUUCCUCACGUCAUCGUCCCCCUAAGCGGGACAAGGAACUACAUCUGCAUCUCUUUAACUUAUUAUCUGCAUGAACUCAGGAUUUUAGCCCGUACUCGCUCGCAUAGUCACCUCCGCACAUUUAUUCUUUGUUGUCUGCUGCACAUCUGUAUCGUUAAAUGCAAUAAUGCAUGUUAUGCUCUUCACAAGUAGUCUAAUCUACAUACCUAGGUAGUUUGAUAGGAACUGUACUGUACGCGCCUCUGCCUGCCGGCAAUGCCAUUUAUUUACGCCUGCGCUGUCCCUCAGGCUGGCUGACUCGAAA